GAUGAAAUUCUGUACUCACAAUGGAAUUUUUCGUUACGAAUGUCGGUAUAACCUAUAUGAGAAUCUACGCACUAGUACAUGUAUUUACGACACUGAACGAGUGUUCGGACGCAAGAAUUCGCACGUACGAAUACAUCUCGUUUCUCCUUGUGUAAUUAAAGUACUUUUUAACCAGAAAAUUGUUUGCUUCGUUAUUGAAUCAUUGGAACUUGAAAAUUUACAUUCCAAAUAAGAGAUGCUUUAAUUUUACUACGUUCUUUACUGAACUAACCAGGCAUGACUGAAUCGUAUAUUAGAAUUCUGUUUUUAAGUUAUUAAUUUACAACGGAACAUGAAAAACUAAUCCUGUAUGUUACGAAAUUAUUAGUUAUUAGCGACGAAUUAUGCGUGCAUUCGAAACAACUAGAUUUGCCAGCCGAAUCAACAUGUAGGUUAGUUUGUACAAGAAAAACACUCCUACGAAUAUUCAAGAAACAUGGAUGUGGAAAAAAUUGCUGUAUUUGCUAGCCUAGGAUUCGCAAUAGCCGUUGCUGCAUUUGUUUUAUGGGGACCUUCUCCCAAACCUAGAAAAAAAGGAAAAGUCAUUGGAAUCAACAAUCUGGGAUAUACUUGUUUUUUAAAUUCUCUUUUACAAGCUUUGGCUGCAUGUCCAAUUUUUAUUGAGUGGCUAAAACAACAGUCUGAAAAAAAUGGCAAAGUUAAUUUUAUUUCAACUUUGCUUUCCGUCUUUAAAAAAAUUAAUGGAUACGCAGAAGACUUGUAUGGUGAUGUAACACCAAUUGAAAUAAUUUCAUCUCUUGGUAAUUUAUGGAGUUUUGCACCAGGUUAUCAAGAUGCUCAUGAAUUGUUUCAUAUUGUACUUAAUGCAUUACAAGCAGAAAUUCAACCUGUGAACAGGAAAGGUUGCUUGUCUGAUGCUUUGCCUGAAAGUCCAACAAUGUUGGCAGAUGCAGAAAAAUUGGGAGAUCCUUUAACGUUUAGAAGCGUAUCUUGUAAUGAUAUUGCAUCAGCUAACAAAAAGUCAAAUAUGCCAAAUGGAUUUGAUAGGAAUUGUAACAAUCAUGUUAUGUCCUCUACAUCGUCAAUAUCAAGUAUAUCUUUGGCUUAUAGUAAGCCUGGUCAGAUCCUUGCCAGAUCUUCGGAGCUACUUUCAAAGAACAUUGGAAAUGAAGAAAAUAAAGAAUCAUUUAGAACGUGGAGCUCUUUAUGUGCCAUGCCUGUUCCUAAUUUUCCACCAAUGUCUAUAGAAGUACAUCCAUUUUCAGGAUUAUUAACUAGUCAAUUACAGUGCAGUAACUGCAAGUGGAAGUCUCCUGUCCGUUAUGACAAACUUGAAACAGUUUCCCUACCCUUACCACCGUUGGGCCCACACAUUAGAACACACCAUACACUGGAGGAAUUAUUGACGCGUUUUGUAACUAGUGAAAUUGUACAAGACGUUUUGUGUGAUGGGUGUGGAAUGCGUUGUUUAGCUGCUAAAACUUUAACUCUUGGUAAACUUCCUAAAUGCUUAUGCUUACAUAUAUCGAGAACUACAUGGAGUCCUACAGGAACACCAAUUAAAAGGGAUGAUCCAGUAAAGUUUCCUCAGAUACUGACGUUGGACCCUUAUACUUUCACAGAAACAAAAAAACGAAAUGCUCGGGGUGAUCCUGAGGCAACAAUGUUGCUUGCUACUCGAACAACACUACUGGAUAAAUACAAGUAUCAGCUACGCGCGGUUGUAGAACAUCGUGGACCCGUUGAUUCGGGGCAUUUCGUUUGCUACAGACAUGGAAAUAAACCGAAUCAGUGGCUGUAUACUUCUGACAAUGUAGUUGAAAACAUAUCUUUCAUUGAAGUUCUGUGUGCUACACCAUAUCUUCUGUUUUACGAACGUAUUAACAGCACAUAAGGGUAGCUAGUAAUGAAUUUUAAUGAUUGCAAGAUACAAAUUUGUUUUACAUGGAAAAUUAUUCAAACACUGAUUGUUUUGCUCCUUCAUAGGGUUGUAGAUUUAUCGUGCACCUUAGAAUUACGAUGUUAAUUUAUAUUUAUGCAAAUAGUAUAACAUGGAAAUAUUGUUGUUGUGCAAAAUCUAAUAAUGAGCAUUAUAUUUUUGAACAGUUGCACUUAUAUUUGUAAAGGAUUUUUACUCUGUAAGUACAUAAUUACUAUUCGAUUGUCACAUCAAAUAUGGAAGUAUUCCAAUAAAAAUUUGUUUCAUUUUCUUUCUUGUUUCUUCGAGUAAUACAGUUAAUAUUAAUACAAAUUUUCGCAUUUAAUUAAAAUUGAUUGUAUCUUGUAUUUUUUGGAUGGAUCAAAAAAAGUUACAUAAAUGUGUAUGUAUUAAAUAUGUUUGGGAAAAAUUACUUUACUAUUAUGUAUGGGUAGAAAUUUGUUUUUUGUUAUUUUUUAAAUGAAUAUCACUCAAAUAUAUGCAACUGUUGAGAAAUAUCUUCAAUAACUUUGUAUAAAAUUCUAUAGAACACAAACACUUUACAUAAAAUUGACUUUUGUCUUAAUUAUUUGUUUUUAUGUGAUUCAGAAUGAUAAUUAACAUUAUCAGUAAAUAUGGUUUGCAUAAAUUUAUGGAAAAGAAUUCAUGUGCGAGUAAUUUUUUAUGUGAAAUGAAUAAUGGGCAAAUAUGUUCUUCAGGGAUGAUGAUUAAUGGAUAUCGGUAUAGAGUAAUAUAAUAAUAAUGGAAUUGAAGAGACUGCUUGAAUAUUAACAUAAUUUCUAUAAAUUUCCAUUACUACACCAGUAAAAUUGCAUUGAAUUACUUAUUCUUUAACAUAUAUCACAUUCUUGAAGAAACGCUGUACAUCUCCCGUAAUGAAUUGACUCAAAAGCGGAGUGUAACCAGAUUAGAUAACAAAACAAACGACUAAAAAUCUAAUCUAAUUAAUAAGGUGCUUAUUCAAUUACUAAUCAUGUAUCAUGCUACUGUACCGCUCCACUGUGGUUCAAAUUAUUUCGGGGUAGUUACAGAAAUUUUAUUUAUUUCUUUUAUAUUAAGUAGUACCGAAUACAAUGACAUUAGUCAAGUACCUGUAGUCAUAAUUAAGUUUGCAGAACAGUUGCCAUCAUAAAUUACUUCAUUAUGUUUCAUAUUUUAAAAAUACCAUACACUUACAAUGUACUUAUAAAAAUUUUAUUCAAAUAUUAUAAGUACGCAUUUAAUAUAUAAAUAUCCAAUUUCAUCAAAGAAUACGGAUUUUCAAAAUUUGUGAAGAUUAUAUUUACUUUAUCGUUUCAAUGUAAUAAUCAUUGACAAUAUAGAAUAUUGCACAUUUCAAUCGAAUUAAUCAUAAUUGAAAGAAUUUCAUGAUCUGUUGUAGUAAAAGAUAUUGAAACUGUGCCAAACAAGUCCAUCAUUUUGUAUGGUAUAAAUUAUUGUAUAUGUAGAGCUUGAAAUUAAGAUUAGAAUAUAAUUUUAAGUUUAUAUUGACAUAAUGAAACAUAACAAACUAUCUAUACAUUUCAAAUCGAAUAUAAAAUUAUUAUUAAAAAUUUUAAUUGAAGACUUCAACAUUAAACUGAUUUGAUAAACGCAUAAUACAUUUAAUAACAAAAAUGUUUAUCAAUUAAAAAUUGUACUUCAACAAUGUUUCCUCUUUUUUUAUACUCUCUUGAGAAAUAUUACACAUGACUUUUUUUACCUGUAUUAUUCAUUAAUAUUGAUACCUUUA